ACCAAUGUAAGAGAAACCCAAACCCGAACAAAAAAUGUUGGAGAGACCCGUUGGUUGCCGACCUGAUUGAUGAGAAAUACUGCCAGAAAACAAACGUCUUUAAUUUAAUUGAUCCCACCCCAACCAGAAACUGCCCUUUAAAAAUCGCACACAUAUAACACGCCCACACACAGAAACAGAGAGCGCCUGACUCACAUUCUUUACUCUUUUUCUUCCACACGCAAAAUCCAAUCCCAUAAUAAUAAUUCUUCUUAUGCAUCCUCAAAUUAGGAAAAUCACUACUUAUUACCAUAAUAGAUAAUAAUAAAAAAAAAAAUCCCAUUUCUCAAAAUAUUUUCUGUGAAUCUCUCUUUCUCUCUCUUUCUCAUUCGAACGGUAGUGUGCGUUUUUUGGGUAUGGCUAUUGCAGCGGCAGUUGUUAUCGUCCCAUUGGGUAUUCUCUUCUUUGUUUCAGGUCUCAUCAUCAAUCUCAUUCAGGCAAUUUGUUUCGUCCUUAUUCGGCCAUUGUCGAAGAGUACAUACAGAAGGAUCAACAGAUUGGUGGCAGAAUUGUUGUGGCUUGAGCUCGUAUGGCUUAUCGAUUGGUGGGCAGGAGUUAAGAUCCAAGUAUAUACAGAUCAAGAAACUUUUAAAUUAAUGGGUAAAGAACAUGCCCUUGUAAUAUGCAAUCACAAGAGUGACAUUGAUUGGCUUAUUGGAUGGGUUUUAGCUCAGCGGUCAGGCUGUCUUGGCAGCGCAAUAGCUGUAAUGAAGAAAUCAUCAAAGCUUCUUCCGGUCAUAGGGUGGUCAAUGUGGUUUUCUGAAUAUCUUUUUCUGGAAAGAAGCUGGGCCAAGGAUGAAAGCACAUUAAAGUCAGGUCUUCAACGGCUAGAGGACUAUCCACAGCCCUUCUGGUUGGCUCUUUUUGUAGAGGGAACUCGCUUUACACAGGCAAAGCUUUUAGCAGCUCAGGAAUAUGCAGCCUCAGCAGGGUUGCCUGUUCCUAGAAAUGUUUUGAUUCCCCGUACUAAGGGAUUUGUUUCAGCAGUAAGCCAAAUGCGCUCAUUUGUUCCAGCUAUUUAUGAUAUAACAGUUGCUAUUCCUAAAAGUUCUCCGGCACCCACAAUGCUAAGACUCUUCAAGGGACAGCCAUCUGUGAUGCAUGUCCACAUUAAGCGGCAUUUGAUGAAGGACCUGCCAGAAACAGAUGAAGCUGUUGCACAAUGGUGUAAAGAUAUAUUUGUGGUCAAGGAUGCAUUAUUGGAUAAACAUGUAGCCGAGGAUACCUUUAGUGACCAAGAAUUGCAGGAUACUGGUCGGCCAAUAAAGUCUCUUUUGGUUGUUACCUCUUGGGCAUGUCUGCUUAUUUACGGGGCUCUGAAGUUUCUCCAUUGGUCUUCACUUUUGUAUUCAUGGAAGGGUAUUGCAUUCUCAGCAGUCGGUAUGGCCCUCAUUACUUUCCUUAUGAACAUUUUGAUACGCUUCUCACAGUCCGAGCGUUCAACCCCUGCCAAGAUUGCUCCAGCAAAGCCGAAGAAUGGGGGAGAGCAUUUAGAGACAAUAUCAGACAAACAGCACUAACCCACCUUGUUUCCCAAAGUCUUCCAUAUAUUGUCAUCUUAUUAUACUCGUAGUAGAUGUGUUUGUCUCCUAAAAAUGACCUCUUUGUGUUUUCAUCUUAAACGCCUAAUUAGUAUGUCUUUUGUUUUGUACAAUCCGGAAUUUGUAUGCUUAUCAAUUUAUUACUUGCUAGUCAAUUACGGUAAUUUUGUAUAGACUAUCAAAGGUGUCUGUAGCAGCUGGCCAGUUUUGAGCUUCAACAAUGCUUCAUAUUAGUGUUCUA